UGACUUCGUUUGAAGAGUUGUCCACGAGCCUCUCUCGCUUGACAACGUAGUCCCUGAUGUUGGAGAGGCCUGGCACCACGCAGCAGCUCAGGGCACUGCGGUAAAUGCUCAUGUCCUGGAUGUCGUACCACUCGUUGGUUCUUUCAUCGUAGCACUCGGCGUUGAAAGUCGUCGUAAAGCCAUUGAAGCCCCCAACCACGCACAGUGCCCGAGCUGAGGAACGCCAGUGUCCGUAUCCAACACCCGGAGCGUGCGGCCGCGAUCAUCCGGUCCCUCAAGGAGCAGGGGCCGAGCAAACUGCAGGUCAUCUCCGACUUCGACAUGACCCUGAGCAGGUUCUGGUGCCACGGCCGGCGCUGCCCCACCUCGCACAAUAUCCUCAGCGACAGCCGCGUUAUCAGCGAGGACGGCAGGAAGCAGCUCAAGGAUCUGCUGCACUAUUACUAUCCCAUUGAAAUCGAUCCCAACCGCACCCCGGAAGAGAAACAGCCUCUCAUGGUGGAGUGGUGGAGCAGGGUCCAUGAGCUCCUGGUACAGCAGAACAUCCAUAAGGAGGACAUAGCCCAGAUCGUCAGGGAGUCAGGAGUGAUGCUCAGGGAUGGGUUCAAGGAGUGGUUUGAUCAGCUCCAUGAGCACAACGUGCCCCUGUUCAUCUUCUCCGCUGGCGUCGGUGAUGUCCUUGAGGAGAUAAUCCGUCAGGCCAACGUCUUCCAUGCAAACAUCAACGUGGUCUCCAACUACAUGGACUUUGAUGAGAACGGAGUCCUCAGGUGCUUCAAGGGACCUCUCAUCCACACCUACAACAAGAACAACAGUGUCCUGCAGGGCACCGAGUACUUCCAGCAGCUCAGCACCCGCACGAGCAUCAUCCUGCUGGGGGACUCCAUGGGUGACCUGACCAUGGCAGAUGGUGUUCCCAACGUGGAGAACAUCCUCAAGAUUGGCUUCCUCAAUGACAAGGUGGAAGAGCGGAUGGGGAAGUACCUGGAUGCCUAUGACAUCGUGCUGGAGAGGGACGAGACGCUGGAUGUGGCCAACGGGAUCCUCCGCUACAUCCUUACGGAGACCUGAGCUGGGAAGGCUCCAGUAGCUCCGCAGCCGAUGUCCUGCCCUGGAGCUGAUCUUCCGGUACCUACACCUGCCACUGGGCAGGCUCCUGCCCCGUUACACAUCCUGACCUCACUCAACCCCCUUGAGCAGCCCUGGAGGUGGAGGAAGCUGCUCCCCUCCCUUCACCCCAUCUGCUGCUUCCACAUCUGCUGCUUCCCACUCAGACUUCAUCUCCAUCACACUGCACAUCCCACUUGGACUUCAUCCCAUUCAGGCUCCAUCCCACUCGGACAACCCCUUUUAUGUCUCAGGUAGAGAUGCUCUGCACUUGCUGCAGUGGUUGAGCACGGAAGUGGAGAUCAUUUGCUGUAGUUUGAGGACAGAUGGAAGUGGUUUCAUUUCCUCCCUAUGAAAAUGAGUCUCUUCUGUUGUCUCUGGGCUGCCAAGUGCCCGGCUGAGCUCCAGCAUCACCCACCCCAUGUGCCCCAUGGACACCCUGCAGCUCCCAGCCCUGCUGUUCCUCAGUGCCAGGGCUGCUGCAUCUCUGCUCCCAGCUGCAGGUACCCCCAUCCCGGAUGGAGCCACCGGGCGCUGCAGCAUCAUCAUCCCCCUGUGCUGGAGCAUCCCAGGAGCAGAGGUUUGGUUCCAGUCCUGCCUGACCCAGCAGUGCUGGAGCCUGGACCCCCCUGCACGAGGACUGUUCCAUGGCAGAGUAACCUGAGACAAAGCAAACUCCUUGGAAACCAGUGGAGAUGAUUUAUUUGGUGGAAGGCAGCAGUUGUUGGAGGGGCUCGUUGGGACCUGUUGCACUCUUCUGUUCUUGCAUCUGUUUUACCUGCAAGAUGAUU